UGUUGCAGUGUGUGAUUCCUGUACACGCUGGCGUCGUUCAAAGUGAAAACAUGGUGUACAGUGUAAAACACCAUGGGUGACUGUAGCAUUUUCACCUACACCAAAAAUGACUUCAUACGCAAGGUUUGUUGUUCCGGUCAGCAAAACCGCGGCCGCUCCAGAUUUGACAUCGCGCUUCGGUCGGGAUGGACGGAAAAACGAAACACCGGGUUGUUCCGAUACCGGCUGGACGAGCUGGAGACGCGGGUCCUCCCGGGAUCACGAGGAUACAUCGCUCAAUUAAACAUCAUGAGAGGCACAGAGAGACGAAAACCCCAGGAGAUCCUGAGCGUCCGCCAGAACUUUGACCCAAAACAGUUCAACUUUAAUAAGAUCAACCCGAAAGAGCUCCUGUUCGAGUUAAAGAGGGAGAGUGAACGGAAGUGCAACGUCAUCAUAAACGUCAGCCCGUUAGAGUUCGGCCACUGUUUACUGGUGCCCGAACCGGAGAAGUGUUUCCCGCAGGUUUUAACGCAUUUAGCUGUCCAAACGGGGAUAGAAAGCGUUCUUCUUAGCGCUGAUCCAGGGUUCAGGGUUGGUUUUAACAGCCUGGGUGGCUUUGCCUCAGUUAACCACCUUCAUCUGCACGGCUACUAUCUAAACCACAGACUGAAGAUUGAAAGCUCUCCGGCAGAGCUGAUCCUGCCUAACUUGGACCUGUAUGAGCUUCUGGACUUUCCAUCAGGAUUUCUGUUCUACGCUCAAGGUCCAAACCUGGAUUUGGUGGUCAAAGCAAUCUGCAGUUUGACUGAUGUCUUGGUGGACAGAAACAUCGCACACAACCUGUUCUUCACCAGAGGUUGUCCUCCUCAGAUGGAGCCCGACACAUCUUCUUCCAGAGAUGGGGUGAGGGUCAUCGUCUGGCCCCGCUUGUCCUGUUUCGGGGCCAAAGAAGAGUCUGCGUUUAAUGUGGCCCUGUGUGAGCUCGCCGGACACCUUCCCUUCAAGAAUAGAGAAGACUAUGAGUCGGCCACUGAGGAGACCGUGCAGGACGUCAUCCAGAAAUAUCUGCUGCCCCAAGAUGAGAUUGGUCGACUGAAAGAGCAUUUAAAGAAAUAUUUAUGAACAGACUGAAGUGUCCUGUCUCAGAUUUUGGGGUUAAAAAAUGACAUUUUCUCAAAUGAGUUUGCAAUUGAAGUGCUGCUAAGACUUGUUACAGAAUUAGUCUAUUUGUAAAUAUAUGCUGUGUAUGAAAUAUUCUACUGUGUGCAUUAGAUGUACUGCUACAGGGGAAACAAUGACCACUUUCAGGCCCGUAGCCAGGGGGUGUUUGGGUGGUUCGCAAGACCUACUACCUACUGACAAAUCAUUAAAUCAUUUCCAUAUUGACAAACACAUGAUGAUUUUAUUUUAUCAUGCUUUUCUUGAAUCCAUUCUAUCAUUUGCUUUGGUGUCAUGGUUUGGGAAUCUCUCUGUCAAGAAUAAAAACUCACUAAAUCAAAUAGUUAAGUGGUCCAGUAAGCUGACUGGGAUGUCACUAGCUAAUCUAGAGGCUGUGUACACCAGGCAGCUAAAGAGAAUAACAAAUUAAAUUUAAAGUGACACUGCUCAUCCCCUACACUCAGAGUUUCAGCUCCUUCCUUCUGGUCGCAGGUUUUUAGUAUUAAGCUGUAGAACGAAAUGAUACUAGAAUAGUUUCAUACCAGCAGCCAUUAGAUAUUUAAAUAAGGCAUAGGCUAAAGCAGAGGUGUUUCGGUGACUUGUAUAUUUUAGAUCGUUUUAAACAUUUAUUUGGGGGGGGGGGUGAACACUUUAUAAGUGUUUUUAUAUUUUAUGUCCUAAUGUUCAUUUGUUGUUGUUACUGUGUGAGUUCCUUUGUGUGGCACUGUUGUGAGAUGAGGACUCUUGACUGCAAACCAAAUCUACCUUCGGGUAUAAAUAAAGUAACCUAACCUAAAGUCCAGAAUUUGUCCGCAAUA